GGCGGUGCGGAGCGGCGUGGACGGCACGGUUUUGGCCGCGCUGGACAGGAUCAGCUGACUGCUCGCGGACGGCGCGGGACGACGCUCGCCGGCGGGCAGGCGGGAGGGAAGUCCACCGGCGCGGCGAGCGGGGCGCGCGGGGCUGCCGACCGGACGGGCCGGAGCGCGUGGCGGGCCAUUCCAUUCCUUCGAGACUGUGAUCAGUACUGCUCGGGAGGCUUUCAUCCGGAACAAACGGCGCAGGACAGAGCGGAGGCGGGCCGCGCGCGGUGCGCAGGACGGUGAUGAUGGUCCUCGAGGCGGCCGGCACAGCGGCGGCGGCGGCCGAGCUCCGCCAGCACAGCACCGAGAUGUGGGCAGCCCUGCCGCCGGGCCCCCGGAACCGGAGCAUGGCGAUCAGCAGCAGCAGCAGCAGAACGUAGGUCAGGACGAUCUUGACGUCGUCCAGGAGGAGGCUGACAACCAGCGGGAGCGCAAGCAGCAGGUGGACGACGACGACUCCGCGACCAUGCCCGGGGACGCGCUCAGUGGACUGGGGCUGGUCCCCACCCCUGGCAACGGCCUCAGGUCGCGGCGCAAGAUGAGCACCCCCGCGGCGCUGCUGGGCCACAGCGACCACCACGCGCUCGCGCUCGCGCACAUGGCGGCCAUGGCGCCGCGGCGCCGCUUCAGCAACGUCAGCGACGCCGUGUCCAGGAAGCUGUCCAGCACUAUCGGCUGGCGGACGGUUCCCGCGCACUCCAAGAUAGUGGAGAUCGUCGGGCAGGGCAAGGCGCUGUGCGGCCAGUACAUCCGGUCGCGGCUCAAGCGCGCGGGUCUGUUCGACCGGAAGUGCGGCCUGCAGCGGCUCCGGUCGGCGGCCGCGCUCAACGCGCCCCAGGGCCUGUCGGCGGGCGCGGCGGGCGGCGUGCUCCGGGAGGUGUUCUCCGAGCUCAACGCCGUGGGGCUGGAGCUGGAGCGGCGGCACCCCAAGGUGUACACCGGCGUUGCCAGACAGGCCGCCGCGGGGCCCAUCGUCUCCGACAAGACGGCGGCCUCCGCACUCACCGCCGUUGGCAGGGACCUCCUGAAGCACGACGUGACCUGGGGCAAGGUGAUCUCGCUCUACGCGGUGGCGGGCGCGCUCGCCGUGGACUGCGUCCGCCAGGGCCACCCCGAGUACCUCCACGCCCUGGUGGCGGCCGUCGGCCAGCUGCUCGAAGACGACUUGGCUCCUUGGAUCGCUGACAACGGCGGAUGGGUUGCUUUGGUUCAACACUGCACGCGGGGGAUCGUCGACGGCGAGGUGUCGGUGGCCGUGGUGGCCGGCUUCAUCUGCGCUGUGAUGGCGGCCGUCGUCGGCGCGCUGCUAGCGCUGAGGGCCUUCGGGAAGUUCGCCCUCAUCUGAAAGCACGAGCGCGGGCAGGGUGCGCGUCCCGCGCAGACUUACCUGGUUGAAGCUACGACCGAAACGGCCCCGAGAACGCCUUACAAGAACCGACCGUCGACUAAAUCCCCAGCGUCACGAAUGUUAAUUAGAGGGAGUCCCCCCCCCCCCGGCCGCCUCCUUCGAUUUUCGGACAACUGUUGGGUCUGAAUUUUACUGGCUGCUGUUGGGUGUAUGGCCACAGGCACGGCCGAGCGCACCCAGAUAUAGCUCCUCUGCUGAGGAUACAAGCGCCUGGUGGGUAGGCCACCCAACUGUCGUCGAAGUGAUCGUGUCGACUGUCCACUGCGGUGCGCCAGCCAUGCAGUCUGCGCUGCGAGUGAGUGUGAUUUUGAUAAACCAGAAGAUAACCUCGACUGUCACUUUCGCUGACUGUCAAGACUGCAACCUUGGUGGAAUAUACUCGUUGAUCUCGUGACGUCAGUAGCGUCACUCCUUUAUUUUUAAGAAUUUAGCAUCAUCUGGUGACUACUGUAACUGUAAAUCUAAAGUGUGGAUAAGUGAAAUAAUUCGCACAUGGCUGUGUUACGGCUAGUCACAGCCUAAUUGCAUACAUUGUACAUAACCAUCAUAUAGAACAAAUACUGUCAUCUCCAUCAAUGUUUGUGUUGGUAAAAUGUCUAAGAGUGGUGCAAUCUCAUAAUUAUAGCCAUGUACUGAAAUUGUGAUAUGUGUGCCAAAUAAAGUUGCGCUAAGUAA